AUGGCAGAGGUUGUAGAAAUAUUAUCAUCACCAAUGACUUCGGAUAGUGAGUCAGACCGAGAACCAGAACAUAUAAUAGAUAGUACCAUUACCACACCCGAGACGACACCAACAUCAUCAUCACAAUCACAUACCAGUCAUCAGUGGACUGCCAGUCGAGUCCAGGCAUUGAGUGAUCGCCUGAACCAACCAAACCCCAACCCCACCACAGACUCCAACACUAUCACCAAUACAGACGCCAACACAGACUCCAACACAAUCCCCAACAACAAUGUAGUUCGAGCCAAUAAUAGGAAGUCCAAAUCAUACAGGUUCAAGAGUCUGAGGCGAAUGAGACGCGAUAAGGAUAUUAGUAUCAACUUGUUCGAAUUGGUCAAUUAUGUCUAUGUGUUGAUGUCAAAGAUUGGAACAAAGGAGGAUAGGAUACAGAGUAUAUUCAAUCUAUACGAUGUCUUUAACAAGGGAUACAUCGAUCGAUACGACCUAAAGAGUGCACUCUACUAUCGAACCAAACAGAAUGGAUUUGAACUGUCCGAGCUCACCUUGGAGAACCUCGUUGACAACCUAUUUGAACAAUUCGACAAGAACAUGGAUGGACGUAUUGACUUUAGUGAGUUCCGCGAGGAGAUGAUCCUUGAUGCGACCAACACUCCAGUCAAGCCAGCGAUCGAUACUGACUCGUUAAAGAGCCAUGGUAUUCGUACAUACUUCAGGAUCGAGGGAAUCAAGGCAUUCUACAUCGGAUUACUUUGUCUAAUCAACAUUGGAUUGAUGUUCUAUUCAUUCUACACAACUCGAACACAUAAUAUUAGACAGGUAGAUUUGUUUGGUGUUGGACUUUAUGUAACGAGGAUGGCUGCCACUUUGGUAAAGUUCAAUGCAUCAGUGAUAGUGUUGACAAUGUGUAAACAGAUGGCGACAUGGAUGCGUGGAACUAGGCUGAGGCAUAUAUUCCCACUGGACAAAUCAAUGACCUUUCACAAGUUGUUUGCUGCAGUCAUCACAAUUGCCUCGUUGAUACAUAGUAUUGGAUGGGGAGUUGGAUUCUACGUGGCGAUGAAGAAGAACGACGAGAUGUUCUUUGAAGGUCUUGGCAAGAGAUUCACCACACGGCCCACCUACGGAUCAUUGAUGUUUGGAAGUGUUCCAGGCAUCACCGGUAUGAUCAUGUUAGGUAUCCUCAUAAUCAUUGGCAUCACAUCUCAGAAGAGGUUCAGACAGAGGUUCUUCGAGGGCUUCUAUUACACUCAUCACUUGUUCAUUGUAUUCUAUGCAUUGUUGUUGAUACAUGGAUGCAAGGGGUGGAUAUGCCCCGCUUCGUUCUGGCAAUGGUUCAUACUUCCAGCAGUGUUGUAUGUUGUGGAUCGUGCCUUCCGUCUGUUCAAGAGGACUCAUCGUGUCACAGUUGUCAACUGCUCACUCAAGAACUCAAGAGUGAUCAAUCUUACAUUCGCCAGACCAAGCUCGUUCAAGUACAAACCUGGCCAAUUCAUCUUGAUCAAUGUGCCACAGAUAUCCAAGCUUCAAUGGCAUCCAUUCACCAUGACAUCAUCCCCAAUGGAGUCCACGGUUAGCGUACACAUGCGAGUCACUGGUGGAUGGACACAACAGCUACACGACUACCUUCGAGAUCUCGAGACACAGACGGCAGGAGAACAGACAAAGGAUGUAGAGAAGGGUGAAGGAGGGCCAUCCUCUGGCGGUACCUUUGAGAUCAAUGUAGAUGGACCAUUUGGAUCAUCCACUCAAUAUGCAAUGAAGGAGAAGCAUGUGAUGUUGGUUGGAGCGGGCAUUGGUGUGGCGCCCAUGGCAUCGUUACUACUUGACAUCAAGUUGAAGAAGGAACAGAUCAAUGCCAACGAGACCACCAACAAUGGCACCGAGUUCACUCAAGGUAUCGACAGCAAGCUUGAAAAAGUACACUUCUUCUGGCUCAACAGAGAUGUCAACAACUUCAAAUGGUUCGAUGACUUAUUAGUUGAUGUUGCGAGGACUGGUAAUCAGAUACCAAAGAUAUCUUUACAUACCUUUACAACCCAAUGUAUACCAAAGAAUGAUGCUAGGAUCUACUUACUUUGGAAUGGUCUGGAGAAGAUGUUCAAAGACCAAGGAUAUGAUCCAACUACCAACCUACCAUUCAAGACACAUUGGGGACGACCCAACUGGGAUGUAAUAUUCUCUUACUAUGCCAACAAGUAUCCCAAUGAGACAAUUGGAUUGUAUUGUUGUGGACCUGCAGAGUUGUCAAAGGAAUUAUAUAGACAGUGCAAGUAUUAUAGCUCUUUGCGUAUCAAUGGAGUUCGAUUCAAGUUUCACAAGGAGAACUUCUAG